AUGAUCCGCGGCGCCUGGCUGUCCCCCCGCGGGGGCGCCGGCGGCGGGGCGGUGUGCUGCGCGCCGCGCCGCAGCGACAAGCCGGCGGCCGACCCGGAGCGGGCGCAGAAAUGGCGCCUGUCGCUGGCCUCGCUGCUCUUCUUCACCGUGCUCCUCUCCGACCAUCUGUGGCUCUGCGCCGCCGCCAAGCUGCGCGCCCGGGAGCGGAGCGGCGCCGGGCGGCCGAGGGGCCGCGGGCCCCGGGCGCUGGCGGGCGCCGAGGCGGCGGCGGCGGCGGCGGCGGGCGGCGGCUGCGAGGCCUUCCUGGGCAACCUGAGCCGGCCGCCCGCCGCCGCCGGGCCCUGCCCCGCCGCCCGCGGCGACCUGGACUCGGCCUGCGCCCGCCUGCACUCGCUGCAGCGCCUGCUGGGCUCCUUCGCCGGCGUGCCCGCCGGGCCGCUGCUGGCCUCGGCCCCGGCGCGGAGGACCUUCCUGCAGGCGUACUUCGGGAACUUGAACCUCUCCUUUUGUGAUACUUACACGAUCUGGGACCUGCUGCGCGAGAUGGCCGGCCCCGACAGCCUGGACUGCAGCCUGGACAACCUGAUGGUGGACUUGGUGGCGGCCGCCGCCGGGGCGCUGGGCGGGGAGGCGUGUAGCAGCUGCGUCCAGGCGUACCAGCGGCUGGACCAACACGCUCAGGAAAAAUACGAGGAGUUCGACCUCUUGCUGGAGAAAUACCUGCAGUCGGACGAGUACUCGGUCAGAUCCUGCGUGAGGGACUGCAAGGCUGUCUACAAGGCCUGGCUGUGCUCUGAGUAUUUCAACGUGACACAACAACAGUGCCGACACCGGAUCCCAUGCAAGCAAUACUGCCUGGAGGUGCAGACCAGGUGCCCGUUUGUGUUACCGGACAAUGACGAGCUGAUCUACGGAGGUUUGCCCGGCUUCAUCUGUACGGGGCUGCUGGAGACCCAGCUGCCCGAGGAGGAGGCCAAGUGCUGCGAGGUGCAAUGGGACUCCUGCGACCACCCCCCAGACAGCAACUACAACACAUCCCCCAAAUCCACGGCGUCAGAGUCGCUCCAUUACCACCGCCACGACCCCCACCUCCAUCACCAGCGGCAGAACCACUACCACCUCUACCACCACCACCACCACCACCAGUACCACCACUCCCCGUCCUUGCUGCCGGUCUCCGCAGGGUCUCGCCUGGGCAGCAGCAGGCUCAGGCUGUGCGUGCUGGUCCUGAUGCUCCUCCACACCAUGGUGUCCUUCUCGAGCGUGCACAGCGGCGGCGGGGGGCUCAGCCUGGAGGCCCUGCCCGCCCUGGACGAGAGCGUGGCGCGGGACGAGUGA